AUGUCAUCAUCAUCGUCGUCAUCAACUGCUUCUUCUCAAUCAUUAGAUAUUAGUUCAAGAAAAUUAUCAAAUGAAAAUUUAUUAAAAAAUACAUUUGAUAAUAAUCCUACUAAUGAUGAUAAUGAAAUUUUAACAUUAAUUAAUUUACUUAUUUUACGUGUUGAAUGUUUAACUAAUGAUAAUACAUUAGUUACGAAGAAAAAGAAUGAAAAAAUGUCUCCACAAAUUAAAGAAAUUGAUCAAAAUUUAAUUGAAUAUCUUUAUUAUCUUUUUAAUAAAUUUAUCAAUGAAGAUUCAGAUUCAAAUACACCUAUAAUAAAUAAAGCAAACUUUGUUAAUGUUUGCCAAACAGUAGUACGUAAUGGUGGUUUAAAUAUACCAUCAUCAACAUCACCUAAUCAAUCAUUUUCGGAAUCAACCAUUACAAAUGAUAGUGAUCAAACAUUAAUACAAACAUCUGUACGUGAGUUUAGAAUAGAUACAAAUGAUAUAACAUCAAAAAAUUCAUCGAUCAAUGAACAAAUUUCAUCUGUACCUAUAAACGAUGACGAAACUUGGCUUGUUGUUGAUUUAGAAGAAAAUAAGUCAGAAUAUUCAACAACAAAUUUUGAUGAAUCAAGAUGUUUAUUAUCAUCAUCAACCUGCGAUGACCAAUUGUUACCAACGAAUGAAAACUACUUUUCCGUUGAAGAGAUAAAAUCUUGUGCAUCCGAAUCAUCGCAAAGUAAUUAUUAUUCACCUGACUCAUCAUUAGAUGAUUUAGACAACAUGCCUCAUGAAAUUGAUGAAAUUAAUAAUCAUAAUCAUAAUCAUAAUAAUACAUUAUUUAAUGAAGAAGGAUCAUCUUCAUCAUCUUCGUCAUCAUCAAAUGAACAUGUUUCAAAUAAUACUAAUGUCAUUAUAGAAGCAAUAGAUACUACAAGCAAUAACAACAUUUGUAUAGGAUUAACUAAUGAUUGUAGUACUAAUAGUAGUAAUAGCAAUAGUAAUGAACAAGUAGCAUCAUCAACAAUGGACACAACUGAACAGAUGACAACGAAUUUAAAUGAUAAAAUGUCUCGACGUGAACGAAAAAUGCAAGAACGUUGGACAAUAACAACCAAAAAUAAUAAAAAUACUAAUGAACAAUUACCAGCAAAAACAUUUUUAGGUGUGGAAUUUCCUCCAAUAGCUGUACUUAGACGAAAAUUUUCAUCGUCACCACCGUCAAAACUGAAUCCAUUACCAGUAAAAAAGAAAGAUUACUCAACUGUCAAAACAAAAGUAUUGUCAACUCACGAUGAAAUAAAUAAUCAUCCAUUACACGAUAAUAUUGAUAAAACAAAUGAACAUAUUUCAUCAACACCAUUAAAUCGCUCAAUGUCAUUACAAAAUCAGGAGACUAACACAUCAAUAACGACAAACCUAGUGGACCAAACGAAACAUGAUCAUCAAGUGCCUGAUUUACAAUCGAAUGAUACUUCGUCACUACUAAUUUGCAAUGAUAGUAAAACUAAUGAUGAUAUACAACAAUCACCAGCAAUUAUAUCAAAUUUAUUAACGGACGAAAAAAUUCCUAUUGAAAAUAUGAAAAUAAAAACGAAACCAGAUUUAAUAGAAUAUGAAAAAGAAAUUAGUACAAAUAUUAAUCAUGAUUUCGAUCAACAUGAACAAGCAAUCAUAAAUAAUAACAACAAUUCAAUUACGAUAACUGAUUCAAUUCAUACAAAUUCACCUUCAACAUCUUCGUCUGUAUUAUUAAUGUCUUCUUCUUCUUCUUCUUCUUCUUCGUUAACAACAAAUAUAAAUGAAGAAAAAAUUAUUGAACUUUUACCACAAGAAAUAGAAGAAGAAAAAAAAGAAGAAGAAUAUUUUGACGACGACGACGACAAUGUUCAUGCAGAGAAAAAGAACAACUUCAAUGUCGAACACAACUACUACCAUACAUCGGGAACAAUAUUAAUAAACGAUGAACCAACACAAGCAGUCUUGUUAGAACAAGAAAAAAAAGAAAAAAACGAAGAAGAAAAAGAAACAGAACAGCCACUACCAACAUUAGAGCAAUGCAACCAUCAACAUUUUCAAGAUGAAUCUUCAGCUAGAAUUUUAUCCAAUAAUUUAGACACAAAUGUAAUCAUGUCAAACAUUGAUGAUAAUAAUAAUAAUAUUAAUGAAGAAUUAUAUAAAACAGUUGAAAUUGAAGAAAUACCCGAUGAAGAUGAUGAUCUAUUAGAACAAAAUAAUCAUUCAAUUGAACCAACAGAUUUUAUUCUUACUGAUGAAGAAAUUAAAAUACCACGACAAUCAUCUAUAAAAUCAAAUAAAUCAAUUAAAAAUGAUUUAGAAUUUCAAUUGAAUCCUGUUUUAUCAUGUUAUGAAAAAGCAUUUUCAAAAAUUGUUGAAAAUAUUGAUGAUUCAAUAAAACCUUUGAAUAUAACAUCAAACGAAUCACAAAUACCAUUACCAACAACAAGUCCUCAACGUCCUGAAGAUGAUCCUAUUGCUUUACGUGCAUUAAAACGUUUUGAACAACGUAUGAAUGCUGCUAUGGCUACUAAAAUUGGUAACGAUGAAACAAGUUCAUUAAUAGCCAAAGGUAAAUCAUCAUGGUCAGGUACACUAUCCAAUCAACGAAAAUCACUUGAAAAUGUUUUUAAAAAUGAUCAAACAGUACCAUUAACUUCUACUUCACCUAAUGAACAAUCAACAAUAACACCAACAUCAUCAGUAUCUCCACGUGAUACAUUUAUUCGACCACGUAAAACACUAAUUGAUGAUAUUGGAGUUAAUUUUGGUUUGACACGAAAUUUAUCUAGUACUAUUCAAAAUAAUUCAACAAAUAAAGAUAAUCAUAAAACAGAAGAACAACAAACGCCAAUAGCUAUGAUAGAAAAUAACGAAAAGCAAGCUGUUCCAAACGAAUCAACAAAGAUUAUUGAUUCUGAAGGUCAUCAAGAACAAGAACAACAAAUGAUAAUUAAUUCAUUAAUAACAAAUGAAAAUGGUUCUGGUCAUGAAGCAGAAAAUUCAAAUUUAUUAGCUACUUCAUCACCCAAUAGUUCAUUAAAUACAGUGAUUUCACACUCAUCAUCUGAACAACAAACAUCACUUACACCAUAUCGUCUUCAACUUGAAGGUCGUCGCCGUUUAAAUACACUUGAACGUAUUCGUGAUCGUCAUGAUAAUCAUGAAUCAAAUGAUUCAACUCAACAAUUUCAAAAUAAAUAUACAGUUAAACCUGAAGAAUUACAAGAUCCAAUUAUUCGUCGUGCACUUGAACGUUUCGAUGAAAAAAGUCGUUCGUUAGCACAAACAAAACCAAUAAAUUAUGACGAUAUUCAAGAUCCUAUUACACGACGUGCAUUAAUGAGACUUGAAACAAAUUUAAAACGUACUAUACCACCAAAUCCUGCAACAACAUUAACAUCAACAAAUAAUGAUUCAAAUGAAACAUGGUAUACAAAUAGUUAUACACUUGGCUCAUUACAAACAAAUAAUGACAAUCGUUUACCACGUUAUCCUGAUUCAUCUUUAUCAUCAACAUCAUUUAAUAAAACACCACAUGUUUCCGUACAUCAACGUUUUUGUUCAACAUCAUCAUCUGAUAUGUCCGAAUUAUCUACAAAUAAUAUGAUUUCAAAUAAUGAACAUGACAUACCAAUCAUGCGUGUACCAACACAACCAAUUUAUGUCACUUCAAAUAAUCAUCAACAACAACAACAACAACAACCAAUUAGUGCACGUCAACGAUCACAUUCUGAAGAUAUGCUUUCAUCAAGAGAUGUAUCCAUGAAUGAAAUAACAAAUCUUGAUAAUAAUAAUAAUACAAAUCAAUUACAACGAAAUUAUUCAUCCAAUGAACUUCAACUUCAACAUCAACAAGAACAGCAACAACAAGAAAUAUCACCAUCAAAUGCAAUUACUUCAAAUACAACUGAUUUGCCAUUACCGACUACAAUACUUAAAUCUCUUGAUCCAAAUUUUGUUCGUACAACAGAAGCAUCUAUUAAUUAUGUAACACCUACACAAACAUAUUCCGCAUAUAGUUGUGAAUAUACACGUCCACAUCAAAAUUCAUUAUUAACAUCACCUAAAUUAGAAUUAUCAUCUCCUAGAAAUUAUCAACAACCAAAUGAAAAUGAUAUUCAAUAUUCAAAUCCACCAUCAUCAGCAUUCACACCUGUUCAUCCUUCAACAAAUAAUUAUUAUCCUCAACAAUCAUUACCUAUUUCAUCGUAUGCAUCAAUGUAUACAGGGAAUAAUCUUAAUCAAACACCUUAUUCGGAUGAUCCAAUCGUUCGUCGAGCACUUGAACGUUUUAAUUCUCAAAUGCAAAAUAGUCUUAUGAAUAUGCCACAAUAUAACGCAAAUAUGAAUGGUACGCCUCGUCCAAUAUCUAAUGGAUAUGCUGCACGUCAAGGAAACUUUGAUUCAUUCUACCCCACUGAUCCUCCUCAAUUUGAUCCAUGGGCAAAUCUUAGUCAUGCUAUGCCACCAGCAUCUAAUACAAGUAGCGGUUAUCAAUCAAUAAUUGGACGUCGUCGACAACUACGUCAUGAUGAUAAUUAUCAUGAUAAUACAAGUGUUGGUAAUGCUUAUUCAUCAUUAUUAUUUGUUAAUUCUCAAAAUCCAUAUCCUAUAACAAAUAAUCCUUACAUGAAUUUUCCUGAUGAACCACCUGCAAUUCCGCCACGCUUACAUCGUGAUGUUUAUCGUGAACAACAAGAAUAUAUAUCCGAAAAUGUUAAUAAUAACAAUAAUAAUAAUAAUAAUGCAUAUAUUCAUCAGGGAUAUCCAGCAAUGCCAAAUGGAUUUCGACCAAUAAGUCAUGCAUAUAUGCCAUCAGAUUCCUUUCAUCAAUUUCAAGAUGAUGAAUAUCUACGUCAUCGUGCGCAAUCAACAUCAAGUACAACAUCAUCAGAUAGUGUUCAUCCAAUACGUUUAACUAAACAACGUUUACCUCCAACAUUUACAAGAACAAAUGUACAACAAAAUAAAAAACUUUUAUCUGAUGAUCAUUCAGAAUUACCAUCAGGUCAAACAACACCAAAUAAUGGCAGUGUAGCAGGUGAUUCUGUAUUUCAUCGUCUUGCAUAUACAGCGACAAAAUCUUCAUUAUCAAAAUCAAGUUCAAAUUUAUGUGCAAAUCUAUUAAAUAAAACUCCACAACAUCAACAACAUCAACAAAAUAAAUCAAAUAAUUUAAAACCAUAUGAAAUUGAUUAUGAUGAUUCAAACAAUAUUCCAAAUAAACAAGAAUCAAUAUCAACAUCAACAAAUCUUACAAAUAAAUGUCAACGUUCAAGAUCUGUUGAUGGCCGUGCGCGUGUAAAAAAUGCUCAAACUCGUGCUAUUAAUAAUAAUAAUAAUAAUAAUAAUAAUAAUCAUCAUCAUCAUCAUCCCAAUCGUUCAAUAAAUGAUUCUGAUGAUAAUAAUUCUACAACAGUUCCAUCAUCAAAAUUUACAUCAAUGAAUAAUCGUCGUGAUACUGCACCACCACCACGUAUUCCUACAACACCACGAUCAACAAUAGCUGAUCGAACACCAUUAACUAAACGUGUAUCAAGUGGAAAUAAUUUAUCAUAUACAAAAAAUCAUCAUGGAAAUCGAACACGAAAUUCAAAUGGAAAUUUAAUUGAUACAGAUAAUGAUGAAAAUUUAACAUUUAAUGAUAAUUAUCAACCAAAAAUAAUUGAUAAUAAAACACGUACAUCAAUGUCUGUUAAUCGUUAUGCAACAAAUAAUAAUAAUAAUAUACAAUCAUCAGCAUCAACAUCAUCUGUUAAUAGUACAAUGUCUCGUACCAAAGUUCCAGUACCGAUAUUAACAAGUCUUGAUAAAAAAGAUUCAAAUGCAUCUGGUACUGAUCUUAACAGAUCGUCGAAACGUUCAGAUGAGAAUCGUCUUAUUUCUCCAACGGGUCAACGACGAAACAUUCCUGUGUCAGUUUUUUCACCAGCUAAACAUGAUAAUAAACGUUCUGUUCCUGUUUCAUCAUCAUCUACUAGUCCAACAGAUGAUUCUACUUCAAUAAAUAAUUGUGAUUCUCAAAAUGAACAACAAGAACAACUACAGCAAACUUCAUAUUCAUCUCGUUCAUCAACAGGUGAUGGUAGUUAUACUGCAAUAAACAAUACAAAUGAUAUGACUAAUAAACUUUCAACAACAAACUCAGCACUUAAAACAUCGACAGGAAAUAUUUUAGACGAACUUUCAUUGACAAAUGAUAAACAUGAUAAUACUAAAAAAAUGAACGUUUUUGAACGACUUUUUCGUGGUCAUAAAAAGAAAGUUUAA